CCUGUGUCGGCGCUGUUCUGGGAGAAGCAAAUCGUGACAGGCAGGCUAGCUGCGGCGGCGGACUGUAAACAUGGCGGCGUGCACAGCUACAGGGCUGUGCCGAGCACCGCUGUACAACUAGUGUGGGAAGCGGAGACACCCCGAAAAUGGAGACCGAAGAGGAGCAGCACAUAACGACGCUCCUCUGCAUGGGUUUCCCAGAUCCUGACGUGAUACGGAAAGCGCUCCGGCUGGCAAAGAAUGACAUCAACGAGGCAGUGGCGCUUCUAACGAACGAGAGCCCCGGACUCGGCUAUGGAUACGAGCCGAUGGAGAGUGGGCCUUCCACCGGCUUGGGCUCCAGUGGGGACGGGGAAAACAGCGGGAGGACUGGGACUAGUGGGUUCGAUCCCCCUCCAGCAUACCACGACGUCGUGGACGGCGAGCGAAGCAACGACGAGAACGGAAACUGCUCGGGAGGCAGCAUGGAGUUCCCCACCACCAACCUGUACGAGCUGGAGAGCCGGGUCUUCACCGAUCACUGGUCCAUCCCCUACAAGAGAGAGGAGUCCCUGGGCAAGUGCCUCAUCGCCUCCACCUGCCUUGCACGGCACGGUCUGGCGGACGCCGAUGAGAACUGCAAGCGGUUUGUGGAUCGGUGCAUGCCGGAGGCCUUCAAAAAGCUGUUGACCAGCAGCGCCGUACACAAGUGGGGCACGGAGAUCCACGAGGGGAUCUACAACAUGCUGAUGUUGCUGGUGGAGCUGGUGGCCGAGAGGGUGAAGCAGGACCCCGUCCCCGUCAACCUGAUGGGGGUCCUGACCAUGGCCCUGAACCCCGACAACGAGUACCACUUUAAGAACCGAAUGAAGUCAUGUCAGAGGAACUGGGCCGAAGUUUUCGGAGACGAGGCCAACAUAUUUGCAGUCUCUCCCAGCAACACCUACCAGAAAGAGCCCCACGGUUGGCUGGUUGACUUAGUGAAUCGAUUUGGAGAGUUGGGAGGAUUCGCUGCCAUCCAGACUAAACUCAGCUCAGAGGAGAUCGAGAUCGCUUGUGUAUCUGCCCUGGUCCAGCCCCUUGGUGUUUGUGCGGAAUAUUUAAACUCCAGCCUCGUCCAGCCUAUGCUCGAUCCAGUCAUCCACAAGACCAUCACAUAUGUGCAGAACCUGGAGGAAAAGGACCUGAAGGACAAGCGUCUGGUGAGCAUCCCCGACCUGCUGUCGGCCAUCAAGCUGCUGUGCAUGAGGUUCCAGAGGGAACUGGUCGCCGUGGUGGACGACCUGCGGCUGGACACGCUGCUGAGAAUGCUCAAAACUCCCCACUUCUCCACCAAAAUGAACUCCUUAAAAGAAGUGACCAAGUUAAUAGAAGAAAGUACAGUGUCAAAAACAGUGAAAAACGCCAUCGACACAGAUAAACUUCUCGACUGGCUUGUGGAGAACUCGGUCCUGUCGAUAGCGCUGGAAGGUAACAUUGAUCAGGCUCAGUACUGUGAGAGGAUAAAGGGAAUCAUCGAGCUGCUUGGGAGUAAACUGUCCCUGGAUGAACUCACCAAGAUCUGGAGAAUACAGGCCGGUCAGUCCUCAACGGUGAUAGAGAACAUCCACACAAUAAUCGCUGCUGCUGCCGUGAAGUUCAGCUUCGAUCAGCUCACCCACCUCUUCGUCCUCAUACAGAAGAGCUGGGAGGUGGAGAGCGACCGCGUUCGGCAAAAGCUGCUUAGUUUGAUCGGGAGAAUAGGCAGAGAAGCUCGCUCGGAAACGACUACAGGAAAGGUGCUAGAGGUGCUGUGGGAGCUGGCUCACCUCCCCACCCUGCCCACCAGUCUGGUUCAGCAGGCCCUGGAGGAACACCUGGGGAUCCUCAGUGACGCCUACGCCGUCAAGGAGACCGUGAAACGCAGCUACAUCAUUAAAUGUAUCGAAGACAUCAAGAAGGCUUCUCAGCAGAGCACUCCCCAAACCGUCUGGGUCGUCCCCGCUCUGCGGCAGCUGCACGAAAUCACGCGCUCCUUCAUCAAACAGACGUACCAGAAACAAGACAAGAGCAUCAUCCAGGACCUGAAGAAGAACUUCGAGAUUGUCAAGCUGAUCACGGGAUCUCUGGUGUGCUGCCACCGACUCGCCGUGAGCGCGUCGGGAAACAACGGCCUGUCCGCGUCGACCCUGGUGGACGGCAGAUACACCUACCAGGAGUACCUGGACAGCCACCUGCGGUUCCUGGCGUUCUUCCUUCAGGAGGCCAGCCUGUACCUGGUCUGGAACAGAGCCAAGGAGCUCUGGGAGUGCCUGGUCUCGGGUCCGGAUGUUUGUGAGCUUGACCGUGAGUUGUGUUUUGAGUGGUUCACCAAAGGACAGCAUGACCUGGAGAGCGAUGUUCAGCAGCAGCUCUUCAAGGAGAAGAUUUUGAAACUGGAGCCCUAUGAGAUCACCAUGAACGGGUUUGGCCUGUUUAAGACCUUCUUCGAGAACGUGAACCUGUGUGACCAUCGUCUGAAGCGCCAGGGAACCCAGCUGUGUGUGGAGCGCCUCGACCUGGCAGGGAUGGAUUUUAUUUGGCGCAUCGCCAUGGAAACGCCGGACGAAGAGAUAGCCAAUGAAGCGAUCCAACUGAUAAUCACUUACAGCUAUACCAACCUCAAUCCAAAAAUGAAGAAGGAUUCUGUCUCUUUGCACAAGAAGUUCAUUGCUGAUUGUUACAAGCGGCUAGAGGCCGCAAGCUCGGCCCUGGGCGGGCCCACUCUAACCCAUGCUGUUACCAAGGCAACAAAGAUGCUGACGGCCACUGCCAUGCCAACGGUAGCCACGUCUGUACAAUCACCUUCCAGGUACAGAGGGGGGUUUGGAUCCACAAAGCUGGUGAUAAUUGAAAGACUGCUGUUAUUGGCUGAGCGCUACGUCAUCACUAUAGAGGACUUGUACUCGUUUCCUCGCACCAUUCUACCUCACGGGGCGUCUUUCAACGGACACCCCGUCACUCUUCACAUCACCUACGAGUCAACCAAAGACACUUUCACCCUAGAGACUCACAGUAACGAGACGAUAAGCAGCAUCCGCUGGAAGAUCUCCGAACACUUGAGCUGCCCGGUGGAUAACGUCCAGAUUUUUGCCAAUGAUAGCGUGCUGACCAUGAACCGAGACCAGAAGCUGCUCUCGCAGCUCGGCUUCAGCGACGAGCAGAGCCUGACGGUGAAGAGCUCCGGCACCGGGACUCCUUCAGGCAGCUCAGAGUCGUCGGCCUCGGCCUCCAGCAGUUCCAGCUCUGCCGUCUUCAACUCGGCCUACGCCUUGGAGCAGGAGAAGUCCCUCCCUGGGGUGGUGAUGGCUUUGGUGUGCAAUGUGUUUGAGAUGCUUUACCAGCUGGCUAACCUUGAUGAGCCAAGGAUCAUCCUACGUGUGAGGAAGCUGCUGCUGCUAAUUCCAACAGACCCUGAAGUGCAGGACGCACUCGACAACUUCGUUCCCAAAGAAUCCAGCGUCUGGAGCCACCAGAAAACCCUGUUCACCCUCGGCCAGGGUUCAGGCUCUCGCUCUCCGUCCGUAACGCCCAAACAGCAGCAUCAGCCCAGCGCCGCGUCCAUCUUGGAGUCACUUUUCCGAUCCUCUGCGCCCGGCAUGUCCACCUUCAGAGUGCUUUACAACCUGGAGGUGUUGAGUUCGAAGCUGAUGCCGACGUCGGACGACGAGAUGGCCAAAACCAGCAGCAAGUCCUUCUGUGAAAACUUCCUCAAAGCGGGAGGCCUCAGUCUGGUGGUGAACGUCAUGCAGAGGGACUCCAUCCCAUCCGAAGUGGACUACGAGACCCGACAAGGAGUCAACUCCAUCUGCCUUCAGCUGGCCAGGUUCCUCCUGGUUGGUCAGAGUAUGCCGAUGGCUCUGGACGAUGACGUCAUCAGGGACGGCGACGCGCUGUCGUCCCGGCCGUUCCGUAACGCGGGGCGGACGGGUCGGCAGCUGUCGCUCUGCGGGACCCCCGAGAAGUCCUCCUACCGGCAGAUGUCUCUGUCCGAGCGCUCGUCCAUACGGGUGGAGGAGAUCAUUCCUGCCGCUCGCGUUGCCAUUCAGACCAUGGAAGUCGGGGACUUCACCUCCACCGUAGCCUGUUUCAUGCGUCUCACCUGGGCUGCCGCCGCGGGCCGCCUGGACCUCGUUGGCAGCCAGCAGCCAAUCAGAGAAACCCACAGCACGCUGCUGCCGCAGGGAGUCCGCACCAGAGUCAGCAGCACUGGGAGCAACUGCAGCUCCAGCAGCGAAGGCGAGGCCACCCCGACAGCGCUGCAUGCUGGGAUAUGCGUCCGACAGCAGAGCGUCUCCAUCAAGGACGCCAUCAUCGCUCGCGAGGCUCUGUCGCUACUGGUUACCUGUCUGCAGUUGCGCUGCCAGCAGAUGUCUUCAUUUUACAACCUUCCCUCUGUCAGCGAUUUCAUUAUCGAUAUCCUGCUGGGCUCUCCCAGUGCUGAGAUCCGCCGCGUGGCCUGCGAUCAGCUGUACACACUGAGUCAGUCCGACACCUCGGCCUUCCCUGAAGUCCAGAAACCCAACCUGUUCCUGCUCUCGGUCAUCCUGACCGCCCAGCUGCCUCUAUGGAGCCCCACGUCCGUCAUGAGAGGCGUCAACCAGAGGUUACUCUCCCAGUGCACUGAGUAUUUUGACCUGAGAUGCCAGCUUCUGGAUGACCUUACCUCCUCAGAGAUGGAGGUGUUGAAAGUGAGCGCGGCCAACAUGCUGGAGGACGAGAUUUCCUGGCUCGACAACUUCGAGCCCAGCUGGAGCUCAGAGAUGGAGACCAGCGAGGCAGAUAACAUCCUGCUGGCAGGACACCUCCGACUCAUCAAGACCUUGCUCUCUCUGUGCGGAAAUGAGAAAGAACACCUCGGUCCGUCUCUGAUCCAGCAGCUGCUCGAUGACUUCCUGUUUCGCGCGUCUCGUAUCAUCAUCAACAGCUCCAAUCCGACGCCCUCUCCAGCCCCGAGCCACGAUUUCCACCCAAAGUGCAGCACGGCCAGCAGCAGACUGGCAGCCUAUGAGGUCCUGGUGAUGCUGGCGGACAGCUCGCUCUCCAACCUGCGGCUCAUCACCAGGGAGCUCCUGUCUAUGCACCACCAGUCGGAUCCGUCGCUCUGCAAGGAGUUUGACUAUUUGCCUCCCGUGGAAAGCCGGUCGGUCUCUGGUUUCGUCGGGCUGAAAAACGGCGGCGCCACGUGUUACAUGAACGCCGUGUUCCAGCAGCUCUACAUGCAGCCCGGCCUGCCCGAGGCCUUCCUGUCCAUCGAGGACGACACAGACCAGCCUGAGGAAAGCGUCUUCUACCAGGUCCAGUCGCUGUUCGGCCACCUGAUGGAGAGCAAGCUGCAGUACUACGUGCCAGAAAACUUCUGGAAGAUCUUCAAGAUGUGGAACAAGGAGCUGUACGUCAGAGAGCAGCAGGACGCUUACGAGUUUUUCACCAGCCUGGUGGACCAGCUCGACGAACAUCUCAAGAAAAUGGGCCGGGAGCAAAUCUUCAAAAACACAUUUCAGGGAAUUUAUUCCGACCAGAAGAUUUGUAAAGAUUGUCCGCACAGAUAUGAGCGUGAGGAAACAUUCAUGGCCUUGAACCUCGGUGUGACUUCCUGUCAGAGUUUGGAGAUCUCAUUAGACCAGUUUGUCAGAGGAGAGGUGCUGGAGGGCAGCAACGCUUACUACUGUGAAAAGUGCAAGGAGAAGAGAACCACAGUGAAGAGGACAUGCAUCAAAUCUCUACCCAGCGUUCUCUGUAUCCACCUCAUGCGAUUCGGCUUCGACUGGGAAAGCGGGCGAUCCAUAAAAUACGACGAGCAGAUCAGGUUCCCCUGGGUGCUGAACAUGGAGCCCUACACCGUGUCCGGGAUGGCCAGGCAGGACUGCAGCGGGGACGCGGCAGAGGGACGAGGCGACGGCUCCUCGGGAGGAUCCCCCAGGAAGAAAGUUACAAUUUCAGAGAACUACGAACUCGUGGGCGUUGUGGUCCACAGUGGCCAGGCGCACGCUGGACACUACUACUCCUUCAUAAAAGACAGACGCGGAAACGCUCGUGGCCGCUGGUAUAAAUUCAACGACAACGUAGUGGAGGAGUUUGACAUGAACGACGAGACUCUGGAGUACGAGUGUUUUGGCGGAGAGUAUCGCCCCAAGGUCUACGACCAGUCCAACCCGUACCCCGACAUGCGACGGAGGUACUGGAAUGCCUACAUGCUGUUUUACCAGAAGAUCAGCGACCAGAACUCGCCUGCCCUGCCGAAGAAAAGCAGAGUCAGCAUCAUGAGGCAGGAGGCCGAGGAUCUUUCCCUGUCUGCCCCGUCCUCCCCCGAGGCCUCCCCCCAGUCCUCUCCUCGGCCCCCGAGGGCCAACAAUGACCGCCUCACGCUCCUGACGCGCCUGGUCCGCAAGGGCGAGAAGAAGGGCCUCUUCGUGGAGAAGAUGCCUGCCAGCAUCUUUCAGAUGGUCAGAGACGAGAAUCUGAGGUUCAUGAGAAACAGGGACGUUUACAACAGUGACUACUUCAGCUUCAUCCUCUCCCUGGCUUCGGUCAAUGCAACAAAACUGAAGCACCAAGACUACCAGCCCAUGGCCAAAGAAAGCCUCCAGCUGGCCGUCCACUUUCUCUUCCACACCUACUUGCACACCAAAAAGAAACUCAGGGUGGACACGGAGGAGUGGAUGGCAACGGUGGAGGUGCUGCUGUCCAAGAGCAGCGAGGCGUGUCAGUGGAUGGUGCAGUUCCUGGUCGGACCAGAGGGACGAGAAAUCAUCAGGGUUUGCCUGCUGGAGUGCAGCGUUCGGGAGGUGAGGAUGGUGGUGGCGUCCGUCCUGGAGAAAACUCUGGAGAGCGCGCUGCACUUCGGAGACCCAGGCCUGGACAGCCUGACCGACGCCUUGCUGUCACUGCUGGACAAAGACGUUCCUGAGAACGUGAAAAACUGUGCCCAGUACUUCAACCUCUUCAGUAACUUUACCCAGAGGGGUUGCGGUCCCUGCCAGCUGCUGUUGAAGCACUCCGCCUACCGUCGGAUGCUUAUCUUCCUGUUGGGACCCAACAGGCAAAACAACCAGAACCGGCGGUGGAGUCCGGCUCAGGCCCGGGAGUUCCUCCACCUCCACAGCAGCUUGGCGCUCAUGACGCUGCACUCUGACCUCAGCCCCCAGCGGACCCUCGCUCCUGGGGGAUCCAAGCUGCCCACGAGUAGCAUCCACUCCUCCGGCCCCCUCCUCCCGCUGCACUCGGACAUUCUUGCCUCUCUCUUCACUCCGGAGGGACAGCCUUACCUUCUCGAGGUGAUGUUUGCGAUGCGCGAGCUGUCGGGGCCGCUGUCUCUUCUGAUAGAAAUGGUCACCUACUGCUCAUACUGCAAUGAGGGCUUUUCGCUGGGAGUGCUGCAGCUACUCAAGAGUCAGAUGGAGACGGCUCCGCCUCACGAGCUGAAGAACGUUUUCCAGAUGCUGCAGGAGAUACUGGUUGUUGAAGACCCUCUGCAGUCCCAGAGGCUCAAGUACGCCUUUGAGUCGGACAAAGGCCUGUUAGCUUUGAUGCACCAGAGCAACAAUGUGGACAGCAGGCGCUGCUACCAGUGUGUGAAGUUCCUGGUCACACUAGCUCAGAAGUGUCCUCCAGCCAAAGAUUACUUCAAAGAUUUGUCUGGCCACUGGAGCUGGGCCGUGCAGUGGCUGCAGAAAAAGAUGACUGAACAUUACUGGACUCCCCAGAGUAACGUCUCCAAUGAGACGUCCACCAAUAAAACCUUCCAGCGCACCAUUUCUGCACAGGACACCUUGGCCUACGCCACGGCAUUGUUAAACGAGAAGGAGCAGUCGGGCAGCAGCAACGGCUCCGACGGCAGCCCGGCGAAUGAAAACGCAGAGCGCAGCCUUCGACAGGGCUCAGAGUCUCCCAUGAUGCUCGGCGAUUCAAAGAGCGAUCUAGAAGACGUGGACUCUUAACUCCUCCGGCUGGCGGGAAGACUCCGGCGGCGGGGCGGCAUCAGGUUCCAGGCGGCCGGGUCGGAACGGGCUGCGCUGUGCCUCCGAUUGGACAGGACUCUCGGAACUCCACAGGAAGCCAAUCAGGACACUUUUAACUCGGUCGCCAGGGCAACCAAGCAGCUGCGAAUAAAUCAUGAAUUACUUCCUG